AAGAAGAGAUGCUGGAACUGCAGGAGGAUGACUUUAUUGAUGUGCCAGAUCAUGAGCAGAUGGAAGAUGAGACUUUUCCUCCUUUCCCACCUCCAGCCUCUCCAGAGAGAGAUGGUGAAGGGGCUGAACCUGAUGAAGAAUCAGGGAGAAGCGCUCCUGUUCCUGUGCCUCCAAAGAGAACCGUUAAAAGGAACAUACCCAAGCUGGACGCUCAGAGGUUGAUUUCUGAGAGAGGGCUUCCAGCAUUAAGACAUGUGUACGAAAAGGCAAAAUUCAAAGGGAAAGGCCAUGAGGCUGAAGACUUGAAGACUCUGAUCAGACACAUGGAGCACUGGGCACAUCGGCUGUUCCCGAAACUCCAAUUUGAGGAUUUUAUUGACAGAGUUGAAUACCUGGGAAAUAAAAAGGAAGUUCAGACAUGUUUAAAACGAAUUCGACUUGAUCUGCCCAUUGUGCAUGAAGAUUUCAUUAGCAGUAAUGAUGUAGAAGGAGAAAAUGAAAAUAAUGGCAAUGAGGUAGCUGUUACUGAAUUGGAUUCCUGUUUUACAAACUCAUCUGGAAGUGAGAAGUUUUCUUCAGAGUCAGGUGGAAGCAUAACAGAUGAGCAGCAACGAAGAAUUGAGAGAAAUAAACAACUGGCCUUGGAACGAAGGCAGGCAAAGCUGCUGAGUAAUAGUCAGUCCCUCGGAAAUGACUCAUUACUGACCACACCCUCAGCCCAGUCUGCUGAAGAGACAGGGGAGGGGCAGCAGGAGCUGCAGUCAAGUGGACUUCACGGAGAUGCUCUGGAUGAUCCCGAGGCUGACGUCACCACCGAUGCACACGAUGCGGGGGGUCACCUCACGUGAGCACCGCAGGGACAACGCUGUCCAGCCCUACGGAGCUCUGGGCAUUCUUUAAGCUUCGCAGGGCUCUGUAUUUUGUUUUCUGUUGGUGAAAAUCCUUAUGUAAUAGAAUUUUUGUUGAUACUCAUUUAAAAUACUUGUAUCUAGGUGCCAGAUCAGUAGUCCAGUGGGUAGGGCACCUGCCUUGCACACCACGGACCAGGGUUCAGUCCCCGCCAGGAAUGGUCCUGAGCGCAGAGCACAGUGGGUGCAGCCCACACACAACAGAAGACUGUAUAUAAAAGAGUUAACUUAUUCGCUUUAGAAAAGUCUGGUCUAUUUAUUGUUUGUCGAUGCUCAUAAAAAUGAUUAGUAGCUAGAUUAGCAGCUUCCAGUAUGCCAUUGAUUGCCUUAUUUGCAUUAACUUGGGUGGAGUUUUAAGAUGUAAUUUAUAGAGUAUUAAAGUCAAUUUAAAAUUUUUAAAAACUGUCUCAAGACUUUCUGAAAAUUAUUGCUACUUCUGCAAUUUACAUUUAUGUUAAAAUGUUUGAGGGGUUUACAUGUGUAUUUUGAGGAGUCAUUUUAC